UCAGGUGAAAUUGAUAAACAAAAUAAAGGAAGAAACAGCCAAACAUAAGGAGACUGAGUCUAGGAGAACAAGAGAAAUUGCUCAACUUCGAAAGGAGAGGAGAAAGCAUGAAAAUGUUAUCCGUUCCCUUGAAGCUGAGAAGCGUGCCAAAGAUGUUGUCUUGAAGAGAAAACAGGAAGAGGUUUCGGCGCUGCGAAGAGUGGCGCACCACGGGAAGCUCAGCAACCGGGCGGCGGGGAGAGUGCGCUCCACCAAGAUGGCCGCUUCAUCACCAAAGAUCGCCAAGCAGAAAUGGACGGCGCUCGAGAAGAACAUCUCCACCAACACACUCAACAAACAGUCCAUUGUCGCCUUGGAGAGAGAUAUGGAAAGACUGAUUAACGAACGAAAAGCUCGUCAUUUAGAACUAGAAAGUAAAUUACGAAGGCUGAACGAUCUCCAGGUUUCCCAUCCCCGGGAAUAUCAGCUCCACGCCGAUCUGGAGGAAGAAAUAGAAUCUCUAAGAGCAAACCUACAAUACAUCCAGGAGAGCAUUCAGGAUUCACAGCAGAACAUCUUGCAGGUCGAGGAAUCCAAGGUAAUAAUUAAUUUAUGUGGGAUCUCCACAGAGGUGUUGCUGGAAAGGGAAGCUGAAACGCAAAGAACUCUGCUGGAGCACAUUGUAGGAAAGCAAGGAGAUCUUCUUACAGGAUCCGUUCAAGUCGAAAGCACUCCUUCAUCAGACUCUUCCAGGUCAAACUCUCCAACUGCCGCCGAUACUAUCAAUGGCAACGGCUUUGGUAUGACUGGCAGCAUGACUGGUAGCAUGACGAGGUCGCAGGAAGGAGGCACCAAGUACCGGAAGCACACAGCCAUGGCAGAGGAGAUGCUGUAUGCGAACAGCGGGGGUGGCCACAAGCAACACCCCACAUCGGCCCCCCUCACCCUCCUACCUCCGAACUCAUGCCUCCGCCCACCCGUGCGCUGACCCGUGUGCCCAGUG